GCCGCCUGGUUGCUCGUCCGCUUACUUGUUUAUUGUAGCGGGCCAGCAGGAACACAUACACACACACACACACCACACUGUCACCGCGGUAGGUUGGUCGUUGGUGUCGAAGCUUUUGUAUCAGAUGCCCGCAAAACCAAGUGUCUUAAUGAAUUAAAAAGCGAGCAGAGUCCACGAAAACAGAACAAUCUAUGAAUCCGAACAAGCUGCGGGACAGGGAGACUGGCCAUGGCUCUGGGGCUCAGGAGACUUCGAAGAAGCUAGCUGUGAAGGAGCUGAUAGAGCGCUACUACUACCAGCUGACGGACGGGUGCGGCCGCCAGAACUGCCCCAAUCAGCACUGCGCGUCCAAUGGCCGCCUGGGACCCCUGUCGCCCAAUGAUGCGGCGGCGCGCGCGCUGCAGCUCGUAGUUGCUAAGGCGGAGCUCUGCGUGGGAACAGCAAAGUUGUCGGCAGACCUGCACAACCGCCAGGCUCCCUUCCGGUCCGGCACGUCGAGCACAGACGGCGCAACGAGUCGGGGCGGCAGCUUAGCCGUGCCGACGACAGCGGCGUCUUGCAACAGCACUCUUCCGGAGAUGGAUCUGGACGACGAGUGUACUUCACGUGCAAACGCCAUACACAUUAACUCAACAAAAGGCCGAUCCGGCACGUCGCGCGCAGACGGCGCAACGAGUAGAGGCACCAGCUUAACCGUGCCAACGACAGCGGCGACUUGCAACAGCGGUCUUCAGGAGAUGGAUCUGGACGACGAGUGCACUUCACGUGCAAGCCCCAUACACGUUACCUCAACGAAAGCCAAGCAGUCUGCUGCAAAUUGCGGGGGCGUCGGCGCAUCGUCAGCGCCACAGCCCGGCCUAGCGAAUUCGCAGGACAUGGAGAUAGACCUGUACUGCACCUUCGCGCCAGCAACUCCAAUCAUCUGCAACCAGCAGACGCCUCCGGAAAGCAAAGAGUCUCCUUCACUUCAGCAGGAUCGAGGGCGGCCGAAGCGGACGACGUCACGUGGUGCGCCCCGCGUCUGCCACAUGCUCACGUACGAGCUGCUGCUGGAGCUGAUGGAGGAGUGCGAGGCCCUGGGCAACUACACUCCCCUGAUCCACGCCCUGGGCCAGGUGUACUCGCGGGUGGGCUGGCUCAAGCGCAGCUUCCCCAGGAGGCCCCAGGGGGAGCCCUCCGGGGGCGGCCUCACCAAGGAGGAGCUCAGGGCCAUGGAGACGGACAUGGACAAGGACGAGGACUGCCAGGAGGCCACGGAGGCGGCGGGCACCGGGAGCCCCGGCACCGACGACUUUGUGUCGCGAUUGAAUGGCCCCGUGAACCAGGAGAUCACGGUGGACGUAGAGUCGGUGCGGCUGGCGUACGACGCGCUCUUCUCGAUCCCGGACCAGCCCUUCUCCAGCGCCCUGGUGCACGCCAUCAUGAUCCUCUGCGAGAACCUUGAGAUUGGACUCAGGUACCACGGUGCCUACCAGCGGAAUCCCUCUCUGCUUAACGUGUUUGCCAUCCUGCUGGAGCUUCCCCUGCUGGAGGGCCCCUUCUGCUCGGGCACGGUGCAGGCCCUCUGCCGGGCGUGCGCCCUGCUUCCCCUUGAGGCCCACGAGAGGUUGGCGCGCCACUGCGGCUACAACUGCCCUCCCCACCGGCUGCGCAACGUGCUGAACGCGCUGCACCAGGUGCUCACGACGCGAGUCAUCGAGGGACACUUCAGCCGGGAGUUCGGGCCCGGGGACGACGAGGUCAUCGUCGUGGCCACCAAGACGAUGAAGAUCUUGUUCAUGGCCAGCGUGCUGGGAGGCCAGUUGGAACAGUCUGCCGACACGGUGGACGAGGAUUGUACAGACAAGGACGAGAACCCUCUGCUGGCGGCCGACAGAGAUCCCACGCACCCCAAGGAGGAUCCUCUCUGCGAGCUCCUCGGUGUCAAGGUGACGGACUGCCGCAAGCCGCUGAUCCCGUUUGAGGAGUUCUACAACGAGCCGCUGAGCGAGCAGCUGGAGUCCGACCGGGGCUUUGUGCACUCCCGGGGGGCCUCCAAGGACGGGCAGUUCUCCUUCCUGAACCACGCCUUUGUGCUGACGCCGGCCGUCAAGGCCCUGGGCCUGUACUACGACAACCGGAUACGCAUGUACAGCGAGCGCCACCUGUCGGUCAUCCAGAUGCUGGUGGGCGGGGCCCCCGCCAACCCCUACCUGCGCCUCAACGUCCGCAGGGACCACCUCAUCGACGACGCCCUCCACAAGCUAGAGCUGGUGGCCAUGGAGAGCCCAUCCAGCCUCAAGAAGCAGCUGGUGGUGGAGUUUGAGGGCGAGCAAGGGAUCGACGAAGGGGGCGUGUCCAAGGAGUUCUUCCAGUUGGUCGUGGAGGAGAUAUUCAAUCCCGACAUUGCCAUGUUCACGCUCAAUGCGGAGACCCAGACGUACUGGUUCAACCCGACGUCGUUUGAGAGCGACGCGCAGUUCAAGUUGAUCGGGAUCAUCCUGGGCCUGGCCAUCUACAACAACGUCAUCCUGGACGUCCACUUCCCCAUGGUCGUCUACCGCAAGCUCAUGGGGAGGAAGGGCACCUUCUACGACCUCAAGGACUGGAACCCUGCACUGGCUUCGGGCCUCCAGCAGCUCCUAGACUACAGUGGGGAGGACAUGGAGGAGACCUUUGUGCAGAGCUUCCGCAUCAGCUACCAGGACGUCUUUGGCUCGGUGCUCAGCCACGACCUGAGGGAAAACGGCGACUCCCUCCUGGUGAACCAGGACAACAAGUGGGAGUUUGUGGACCUGUACGCCGACUUCCUGCUCAACAAGAGCGUGGAAAAGCAGUUCCGCGCCUUCCGGCGCGGAUUUCUCCUGGUCACGGACGACUCGCCCCUCGAGACGCUCUUCCGGCCGGAAGAAGUGGAGCUGCUUGUGUGCGGAAGCAAGAACUUUGACUUCAACGCUCUAGAAGAAUCCACGGAGUACGACGGAGGUUACUGUGCAAACACCCCCAUUAUCAGGCACUUCUGGGAGCUGGUACACGAGUUCAGUCAGGAGCAGAAGCGCAAGCUGCUCCAGUUCGCCACGGGGAGCGACCGCGUCCCCGUCGGGGGCCUCUCCAAGCUCAAGCUGGUCGUCGCGCGCCACGGCACCGACUCCGACAGGUUGCCGACGGCCCACACCUGCUUCAACGUGCUGCUCCUGCCCGAAUACUCGUCCAAGGAGAAGCUCGAGGACCGACUGCUGAAGGCCAUCAACUAUUCCAAGGGCUUCGGCAUGUUUUGAUGCUCGGCGCAGCCGUCCUACUUGUACCGCCCCACUCCACCCUCCCGCAUACUUCUCCGUCGUGUCCGGGGACACCGAGCGAGGGUCGUUGCUCCGGGGCUUGUGUUGGCGGCACCACCCAGAAGCUGCGUUGCGAGAAUCUGGAGCAAAACUCUUCGCUUCCGCCGCGAACGAAACGGAGUUGGAAAAGGUUUUUUACGGGCUUGGCCGUUAUUGUUUCCGUUGAGUUGCAUUUCGAUUUUCCCAGAGUUAUUAGGGCCAAAUUGGGUGCGUGCUAAGAUAACCGACGCUUAAAGUGGCACUACAGUGGUUUCUGAGAUACUCUUGGUGAUAAUGCAAUGUACGUACGUGUGAUCUCCCUUUUCAAUACUGAAUCAAAGAUCACAAUGUGCCCGUUCCUUUUUUUGCGAUUCGGCGCAAAAGUUGGAGGAUGUCGUUGGACGUGCGACAGCUAAUUGCGAGUGAUCGCUAUUGCGCGCGAAUAGCACACAUUUGGAAAUCGUUUUGCCAUUGGACGGCCCCCAUGCCGCGUGGGAACCGAUCGCUCGCCAUUGGCUGUUGCACAUACUAUGGUGCCCUUCGAUUUCUGCGCCGCAUUGCAGAAAAAUGGACUAGUCACGACCUUUGAUUUCACCUUUUAGGGGGGACGUGGGCCUAAAUUUUAAAUUUUUUUGAAAAAAUUCAUUUUUUAAUUUUGAAGUUUUCAGUUUUAGAAACUAAUUAUACACCCUUGCACUAAAUUCGAUAACCAUAUGCCAAAUAGUUACGUAGAUAUAAAAUAUUUUCCACACAUUGUGAGGCAGUAACAAAGUAAAGGAGUUCAAUGUUUGAAUGCAUUUUUCUCAGUUCCACUUUUUGCUGCAAAUUUCAUACAAAGGAAUCUUUUGUUCGAAGGUGAAAGUAUUCUUAUACAGCAAUCAAGAUGUUUCUGAACUUAAAUUUACUUAGGAAUCGGGCUAUCUACUUUAUUUUGUUAUACGUUGAAGUCCUCAGCGAUAAAAAACCAAGUUUUCAAAAAUUGACGGAGGACAGAUAUGCAUCUCAUAGUUUGAGGUAAUAACUCUUCCUGAAAUAUUUACAUUUAAGUUAUUAACACUAGGUAGCCCGAGGUCCCAUAUCCCCUACUUUAUAUUCAAGCAGUCAAAAUGAUGCUUAAUAGCUUGAUUUGCAUAUCAUGGAUUCCUUAAUGAAAAGUGACACAUCAUCUUAUGCAGGUAUGUAAAUUUGUCCUAGAGAGCUGAAAGUUUGCACAGUACACCUACAUCUGAAGCUAAACCUGCCCUGCAAAUUUCAUUCCAAUUACUUGAGUAGGUCAAAAGUUUGACCUCUAGCCAGUGUCCCUCUAGCCAGUGUCCCCCCUUAGAAGGAAAAUCGGACGCAUAUCAAUAUCUCGGGUUUUUUUUAUAAUGCUUUCAGCCCUUGGAUUGUGUUAUGACCGUAAAUAGACGGUCUCAGAAACCACUUUAGUGCCCCUUUAAAAUAAGGAAGCUUUGGCAGUUGUCAUUUUGUUGUUUUUGUCUGACGUGGCGGAGGCAACAUUUCGUUGUCCCUCUGAUGUUUGUUUGCAAGCUACGGCCAGAGAAAAGUGAAAAAUGCUACUUUUUGGGCUCAAAUGCCAGGCACUUUGCAGUGCAUUUUUGUGCGGCCUCAAUUUCUUCCACUGGUCUCGUUGUUUUUAGCGAAACCCUAGGAGGAAAGGAUUCUCUGUGUAACAAAUUUUUUUUUUUGCCCCUAUAUAUAUAUAUUUUUUUUUUUUUAUGCCAGUCAUUUUAGGAGGCAGCGAAACUGUGAAAGAAGGUGCUUACCAAGUCUCGAAAGUGUACCUUCUUUAUUCGUCUCGUGGCAGCGUCUGCUGCGGAAGCGACGGUAGAGUGUCUGGGGUAAGGGGUUAUGGAGGGCGUGCUGCAACCCUCGGGGGCUCCCUCUGUCUGUGCAUACGGAUAUCUUGUAAAUACGGGAACCUUCCUGUUGCAGCGGGAGCUUCACGGUGUUCUUUUGUAUAUGUUCUUGUCGUUCGAUGGCCGGUCCAAGUCGGUUUUGUGCGGGCCGUUUCCUUUUAUAUCCCGAGACGAGGCAACCGAGGGAUGUGCAGAAAGGUAAAAGUAACGAGAGAGAGAAAAAAAAAAAAAAGGAAAUUGCUGUGUCCGUUGUGCGAAGGAGGAACCCAAUUUUUCGCAACAAUUGUGAUGAACAAAAUGAGCGACGCAUCGAGGAGCUGGCAUCGCGGUGCGCCUCGGGUACGUCGAAAAUUUUGUGCGAAAUUCGUUUAGGAUCAAAAUGUAGAGUUUUCGGAAUUAUAGGGAAGCUUUGUGUAAAGGCGGGGUUUAGCAAAAUAAAUGUGCAAACGUU